UCAGGCGAGUGCAUUUCGUCCUGGAAAGUAUGUAAUGGAGUUAGGGACUGCAGCGAUGGAUCCGAUGAAAACAACUGCACGUACGCAUGCACGAAAUACGACUUCACAUGUUCAUCGGACAAAUCAUGUAUCCCACUUUCGUGGAGAUGUGAUGGAGUGAAGGAUUGCAGGGAUAAUUCCGAUGAAUCUUUCUGCUCUGCUGCUACGUCAAAAAGUGAUGAAAUAAUUAUAUCUUUCUCAUCAGAAGCCGUGACAGGCUGGUGUGACGGUAGGUCGGAUUGUGAUGACGGCUCCGAUGAAAAUUUCUGCCCCCAAAGUUGGUUUCGAGUUUUUUUCAUCAAGAUUUUGUUAUGUUUUUAA